AUACCGAGUACCGAAGUACGACCGGUCGUGGGGCGCGCACCGCUCUCGAAACCAUGCUCAAGGUUCGAAUUCAGUGAGCUGUGAGCGGUGAUGCAGCAAGAAGAACCUCCCGGCGCGGAUCAUGGACGAAACGAAUGCUCCGAGUACCAGGUGGACUGCGUUAGCAUCGGUUCGUGCGAGGAUAGCGACGAAGGGGAUGAUUCUAUCGAAGAAUACGUGAAGAGCAAUAAUGCUAUAGUGGUGGAUGAUAAGCCUCACGUGCCUUAUUUCGGUAGUGUGUCCGUUGUGAAUUCGAAUGAGGUGCAUUUCGGGAAUAAAACGGUGUAUAAAGGACCUGUGACCAUCAAGCAAAUCGUGUGUCCUAAUGGCAUUAGCGAAUCUACGAAGAAUGGUUCCAUUAAAGCCGAGGAAAACGGGAAUGGUGAAGUUAAGGAGAGAAAAAUCGAGGCUGAUAAUGUAGUAAAUAAUACAAUAAAUAAAGGUUUCAUAAGCAUAGAGUUUUUGCAACACAAGAAAUUAAAAUUAACAAUACUGUUUGUUGUUAUAACGAUUAUAUCGAUUGCUACAGUUACUGCUGUUGUUGUAUCGAGAGGUCCUUCGAAGAUUUUGGAUCAGAUAGUUGUUAACAAUGGUGAUGAUGAUAUAUCGCCUAUAAAUUAUUCCUCAGAUUCGAAGGACCUGCUGGGCGAUCUGCGGCUGGUGAAGCGCCUCCUCUGGCUGGCCCAGCCGGCCUCGGCGCCCCUAAAUCGCCUGAAACUGCCCGUCUCCUUGGUAAUAAUCCAUCACACGGCGACCGAGUCCUGCCAGUCGCAGGCGAAGUGCGUGUUCAUCACGCGCUACAUCCAGACCUUCCACAUGGAGAGCAACGGCUGGAGCGACAUCGGCUACAACUUCCUCAUCGGCGGCGACGGGAGCGUGUACGAGGGCAGGGGCUGGCAGUUCGAGGGGGCGCACACGUUGCAUUGGAACAAGGCCAGCAUCGGCGUGGCCUUUAUCGGUACCUUCAACGGCGCCGUGCCCGCCGAUAACAUGAUGGUGGCCUGCAGGAAGCUGAUCGAGAAAGGUGUGAAGGACGGUUAUUUGACUAAGGAUUAUCAAAUUAUGGCCGCCAGGCAAUUUUACGGUACCGAGAGUCCUGGUAAGGUGUUUUACGAGCACAUCAAGGCCAAUUGGACGCGAUGGACUGAUUUGAAAGGGUUGAAAAUCGAUAAAAGUGCGAUCGAGUAGAAACUUUUUUUUCUUUGCAACAAAACUGUGAUUAUAUUUUUAAGUUUUAAGUUUCGUACAACCACAAGUACUAGUUGUAGGCUCAAGUAUAUGCAAAUAAAAAUAAAUUGC